GCGGCAUAUAUAGAGGCCGGUAGAAUCUUUGUCCGCGUUUCUCUUGCUGACUGCGGAGCAAGUGAUGCGUUAUAGAUUCAGAGGUUGGACCUGGCUUGAAGGGGAACCUUGCAAUUGUAUUAAGAAUUCCCAAUAUUCCGGCCAGGGUUUCUGCCUGAACUGAAAUUGUAGCCACAAAACAUCUGGAGGUUAUAAGGUUUAGGUUAACCGUGUUUGAGAAAAAUGGGCUAUGAUAUGGACCGCUUUGUUGGUUAUGUCAAUGAAGGGCUGAUCUGUUGCAUUUGCCGAGAUGUGCUCCAAGAUCCUCUGCAAGCUCCUUGCGAACAUGCCUUCUGCGCUUCCUGCAUCCAUGGAUGGCUCAUUCAACACAACAGUUGCCCAGAGGAUCGCCAGUUCCUUGAUUUGUCUUCCCUUCGACCAUUGUACAGGUACAUGAAGAAUGAUCUUAAUCGACUUCAGCUUCAUUGCACAAACCGAGACCGUGGCUGUGAAAUAGUGUGCUCAUUAGAAUCCAUUUACAAUCAUGAAUGCGAGUGUGAAUACACCUACAUAUCCUGUCCAAAUAAUGCUUGUCCAGCCCAAGUUGAACGGCGUAACUUAUAUAGUCAUGUGGUAGUGUGUGAAUUUCGAACUCGUGAAUGCCCCAAUGGCUGUGGAUAUAUCAUUCUAGGUCCUGAAGAUGCCCAGCACAACUGUGUGGCAGAACUGAGAACUGAACUAGAGCUACUCAGAUCUGACAUGAUCUGCCAAAUGGAAGUUACAAAACAGGAGAUGCAGUCUCGUUUAGAUUCUCAAAGGAGACACAUGGUGAAAAAAGAGAGUCUUUUGCAAAAAGAUAUUGAAGAACUUAAGAGUCAAAUGUCCAAGAUGAUGUCUAACAUGCAGGCUCUGAUGGCAACAGAAAGACAGCACCGCCAAGAGUUGGAGCAGGCAGAACUUGAAAAACGCGAAUUGCUGGAAAUAAUGAAGAACUUCCAAAAAGACAGCUUGUCUCCAAGAAAUAAAAGCAAGAAAGCAAUACAUUCCCCACCUCUAUCACGACUGGAUACUAUGAAACUAAAGACAUGGGAGGCAACAGCCAUAUAAAACUUAGUUAAAACCAGAUUUGCCGAACUUUGAACUAAUUUUAGAGGGCAAAAUUAUUAAGUUACCUUAUUCUAAAAAAGUAUCAGUUCUACUCAUUUAUAGACCUUAUUUUCCUUGAGAUCUUUUCAAAUCUCAGUGAGUUUGGGAAGAAUCAUGUUUAAAAGAGAGCACCUUCAAAUGUUAACCAUUUCAGUAGUCAAUCUUAGAAAUUUAAAACCCUGGGAAUGAUUUAAAAAUCUUGUUUUAUGUGACCCAUUGGAGUUUUUUUUGUUUCUUUGUUUUUGUCAAAUGAGUAACAAAAUGUCUUUCUGCUAAUACACAGAACAGGGUAUUAAAAAAACCUUAGACAUGAAGAUUAAGGGACUCAGGACUUUAGUUUUAAUAUGAAAAUUCUAUAAUUCUAUAAUAAAGAUUUCAGCAAAAAAAUCACAACCUUUCUUCAGUAGUUGAUAUUCUAAACUUUGCAAGAUAAAUUAUUGAAUUCUGAUCCUGAUUUCUACUUUACCUCAGAAUUUUUCUUUUUCAGGUAAUUUGUAAAUCUCCAAAGUAGUCUACUUACCAUCCUAUAGGUGAAAGACAAAGUAGUAAUAAAUUUAAGCUUUUGUUUUGGUCUUAAAAAUUUAUAGUUGAUAUGUAAAGAGAGGAUUUUACAGUGCCUUUAUAACCCUGGCCCUUAUGCUAGAUGUGGGAUGCUAGUAGAACUGCAAUAUAGUUAACAUGAUUUGUAAGUUGAUCUUACAGUCCAACCUACCUCAUAUGGUUGCUUCAGUUGAAAGUGGAAAUGCUACAUAUUUCACUGGAGAUCCCACAAUGAAAGUAAGAUAUUGCCCUAAUCAAAAAAUAAGUUAACACCAAAGCAGUUCUUCCAUAACUACAUUUGGACCAAACCUAUUUAUGUUAAUGAGCAUUUCAAUUUUCCAUUACCAGAAAAUAACUCUCAUUUCUACCAUUAGAUUAUCAUGUUUUUCAGUAUUAAAAUAGUAAAUUUAUUAACAAUGUUUCUAAUAUUACAAAUACUCGGCAACUAGAAAAUCAAUAUUACAAAUACUCAGCUAUUAAAAAAAGCAUUUCCGAUAACUAAUAAAGCUAAUAAAUAUUUUUGCACAUAUCCAAAAUGGGAUUUUUGGAGUCAAUGACUGUUCAUUAUAAAAGUGUCAAUACGUUAAAAAAAACUCAUAAAAGGAAUUUACCCUUUGGGAAAGUGAGGCUGCACAAAAAGAAAUUAGGAAUCUAUGCCAGGGGUCUCCAACCUUGGCAACUUGAACACUUGUGGACUUCAAUUCCCAGAACUCUCCAGCCAGCAAAGCUUCUGGGAGUUGAAGUUCACAUGUCUUCAAGAUGCCAAGGUAGGAGACCCCCGAUCUAUUCAGUGUGGUUAAUGCUUGUUGAAAGAAGUGUAGAAGGUCUGACUGUAGACUGUUAAAAUGUGCAUCUGUAUGUAUCUUUCUUUGAAAUAAAUACUUCAUAUCCAAUAUUUUUAUACCAUGUGCAUGUUCUGAAAGUGCAAUGCUAUUGUGGGUUAGAUUUAUGGCGAUUUUGCUGCGACA